AUCUUAGCUCUAGUAGUGAGUUGGCUAGCUAGGUACUUUUGCCAUAGAUGGUAUCGAGUAGACGUGGAAAGUUUCUGGUUAGUAAUAUAUGGUUGAACAUUUUGAUUAGAAUAUGAAUGGAACAACAUACUCAAACUUUGACAAUCAGGAACAUGUUCUGAAAUUAGGCGAAACAUUUGAGAAACAACCCAAAGGCGCUUACCAUACGGUGCGAUAUGACUUCAAACCAGCUUCCAUUGACACAGCCUGUGAGGGCGAGUUAGAGGUGGGAAAGGGAGAGCAGGUUACUAUCACAUUGCCCAAUCUGGAGGGAUCAACUGCCCCUGUAACAGUCUUCAAAGGAUCCAAGAGGCCUUAUAUGAAGGAAUGUAUUCUCAUCGUAAAUCACGAUACAGGAGAGUACCGUCUAGAGAAACUUAACAGCAACAUUGCGGUAAAGAAGACCAGGGCGGAAGGCAGCAGUAAGAUCCAGUCUCGUAUCGAGCAGCAGACCAGUCGUCUGAGCCAGCAGAUGAAGACUAGUGGCAAUGGGGGCAGCAGCAAGAUCCCUGCAGGCUCCAAGAACUCUCCUCCUAAAGAGAAGAUGUCCCCUGCCUCCCCCAUGGAUGACAUUGAGAGAGAGCUAAUGGCGGAGGCACGUGUGAUGGACCAGAUGAGUAGUGGCGACAGCUCCUCAGACUCCCACAGCUCGUCCUCCUCCAGCAGUGACGACAGCUCCAGCAGCAGUGAUUCCGAGGACCCGCCUCCCACUGGGCCCCCUGCGGGCCCCCCUACCGGUCCCCCACCUCACCAGGGCAUGCCUAUCCUUGCCACAGCCUCGCCGCCUCGCGGUGGAGGACACCUCAUGAGCACAUUAAAGAACGACCUACAGUUAAGUGAAUCUGGCAGUGAAAGUGACGACGACUGAUCGCUGAGUGGCCACUAUGAUACCGUGGUGUGUUAGGGAGGUCAGUCUGGACAGCUGCACUGACCUUCGCCUUUAUCCACCUGUUUGAGCUUACAGCAGGAGUGAAAAGAGAAGAGGGAAUGUGAUCUUCUUUAUGCCAAAUAAGACUGCUUCCCUAUAUCAUGGGAAACGACAUCCCUGAGCACCCCACCAGCAUAUCCGUUUAUCGUGUCUUAAUAGUUCUGUCGAUAGUCUCUGUUGAUAUGUUAGUGCCUUUUUUAAUUUAAUUUUUUAUUUUUACGGACACGGCCCAAUAGCUUUGCUCAGAUCUCUUAUCUACAAAUUUAAACUGGAUUACAUUCUAGUUCCAAGUUUAGUGUUAGUUCUAGUUGGCCACUGUGAACUGGGAUCCAUACUGCUGAAUCGAACAGAGGUGGUGUUAUCAACCAUGUUAAUAUCAAUAAGGAGUUAGCCCUUCAGAAAGACUUCACAGCGCCAGUGUUUCUUUAGUUGUAGUAAUUAGCCUUUACGCUGAGGCUACUGUGAACGAUUUACUCUUAAAAUAUACAGGAUAGGUUGAAGAAGUUAUCUUGUUGCUUUAUCAGGAAAUUAUUUGUUACAUUUUUGUUCAAUAUAUGGUCUAGCAACAUAUCAAGGUUGGGGGUAUUUAAGGAAACUAUUGCACUACUUGAAAGUGAUUGAUUUAGCCUAGAGUGGGGGUAAGUGCAACUUAAAUAUUUUGCUCAGCAAUGCUACGUAAUAAUGUAUUUGAAAGAUUACUUGGCUUUGUAGCUUUAAACCUGCAAUACUUGAAACUGACUCAUGAUUAUUUAUAUUUGACAUAUUUACACAGAAAGACCAACCGCUUAAUAUAUUCUAUAGAGGUCAAAGCAAUGGGAUGAAAUGCUCAUUUAGCUAGAUGUCAGUGAGUCUUACAGCAGCACAUUAUGUGCCUUUUGAACUGCCUUUCCAUUUCCUUCUGCAUCACCUUUUGUUAUUGUUUCAUGGGUGAAUAGAUUUGUUCUAGCCUGUUCUCCCCGAAUAUUUGAUCAAAUUCUUCAUUAAUGCCCUACCUCAUAUCAGCAACUCCCAGCAGACUCUAGUCAAUGUCGAGACGUUUCUUCAGAAGCACAUCCCAUGCCGUUUGGUUUCUUAUCCUGUGUUGGCUCAACCAGGAAAUCUACGGCAAGUCUUUUGCGUGCUGGAGGGAACUCAUUAUGCACUCCUCUACCUGGAUUGAGCUAAGAGGUGCCCGAGCUGGCCACAAGGAGUCACCAGAGAAUGACAAGGCAAGGCAGCCAUAUUGGAAUCCCCCAAAUCCGGGUGAGUCCGAUGAACACCUGGACUAGUCUGUGAGCCCGAUUCAAACCCUGGUCUCGCAAUGACACAGCAAACCUGUGAGGCAGUGACUUUAACCACUGUGCUGUUCAAGGGACCUUGUUCCUGGGGCAAAAAUGUCUUAUGUCCUUGAUUCCUUAAUCCACUUCUCAAAACUCAUCAAAGGAGAGGGUCCCAGAGGAAUCUCGGAUCUCAAAAGUAGGCAAUUAAUCAAGGAAUCAACAAGACUUAUGAAGAUUACAUUAAUUUUGGUUAGGAUGUUAUCUGUGUCCCAAUAAUCUCCUUUCGUCUUCUCUAGUUAAUUUCCCUUUCUGUAGGGAAAGACGACUCACUUCUAGGAGAAUGACAUAAUUGGGACAAAAUAACCAUAAAAUCUCUAACAAACUCAGAAAACCUGGAAAGAUGGGUAUUGAGAGUUGAGGAAAACAGCAGAUUUUGCUUGUGGAAGAAUGGUGGAUUUAUUAGGUGCAUGAAUACUUAACUAUUUUGGCAAAUCUUUGCAGAUAAAUAAAACGUUUAUUUGUCA